AUGACCAAUGGAACCCUCGCCUCGGUCUCGGUCAAUGGAGAAGCUGAUGUACCUUCGUCGCCCGCUCCCGUCUCCCACUCGUUGCAGGAAGUUUGUGCCCUUCUCCAUGCACAGGUCGCUUCGUUCCUCUCGGCCGCUCCUGAAGAUGAUGUGACGAGGAAAACACAAGAGCAAGCGAGAAUAUCCAUGCGAGUUAUAGAAAAGGCGCUGGACGAAUAUGAAUUUGAGAGCCUGUCUCUCUCCUAUAACGGGGGCAAAGAUUGCCUGGUUCUUCUCGUCCUGUACCUCGCCGUCAUCCAUAUACAUUUCACGCAACCCAAGAACAGGCGGAAAGAGUUCCCCAAGUCCAUUCCCUCGAUUUACGCAAAACCGCCGGAUCCCUUCCCCGCCGUGUCCGACUUUGUCGACUAUUCUGCGCGCCUCUACCAUCUCGACUUAACCCACAUAUCCACAAAUCCCGGCCCGGACAAGAGACAGAAGUCGCAUUCCAAUCCGCCCGGCCCACCACUUCCCGUGGACUCAUUAGGACUAGAGGGAGGUGGUGGAGGUGAUCUCUCAAACAACGGGAAGAAGACCAACGCCAACAACACCAACCACACCAACUCGUACCAAAAGACCCUGGACAAACCAAUCAUCACCUUCCGCGACGCCUUUGCCCUAUACCUCUCAUCCAAUCCGCACAUCAAGGCCAUCUUCGUGGGCACCCGGCGCACCGACCCGCACGGGUCUCAUUUGACACACUUUGACCCGACCGACCACAAUUGGCCGCCGUUCAUGCGCAUCCACCCGGUGAUUGACUGGCACCUUUCGGAGAUCUGGUGCUUCCUGCGCUCCCCGCAUCUCAGGGACAUUGGGUCUUGUUCGAACGGCUGCAGCAGCGCGAGCGAGGGCGGAGGAGCUGCAGAGCCAGGAGCCACCAUAUGUACCGCGACGACCGCCCCCUUGAGGUACUGUGAAGUGUAUGACGCGGGCUACACGAGUCUAGGAGGAGUGAAUGACACGGUCAGGAAUCCGAAGUUGCGGUACACGGACGAACACGGGAAGGAACGGUACAAGCCCGCAUAUGAAAUGACGGCGGAUGACAAAGAGAGACUGGGGAGAGAGUAA